CUGCUCCAUGCCAUGUCACAGCAACGCCUCAGCCUGCUCCAUGCCACGUCACAGCCAUGCCUGAUCCUGCUCCAUGCUACGUCACAGCCACACCUGUGCCUGCUCCAUGCCACGUCACAGCCACGCCUAAGCCUGCUCCAUGCCACGUCACAGCCACACCUGAGCCUGCUCCAUGCCAUGUCACAGCCACGCCUGAGCCUGCUCCAUGCCACGUCACAGCCACACCUGAGCCUGCUCCAUGCCACGACAUAGCCACGCCUGAGUCUGCUCCAUGCCAUGCCACGUCACAGCCACGCCUCAGUGUGCUUCAUGCCAUGUCACAGCCAAGCUUCAGUCUGCUCCAUGCAAGGUCUCAGACUCAUCUCUGGCCAACGAACCAGCAUUGCAGGCCUCGUUCAUUCCAGUGACAUCUUUCAAUGGGCUGUUUGAGCUGGAAUUGGUUCCCGCCCUUGUGCCCACCCUUAAUUCUCCUGAUCAGGCAAGGGGAACUUUCGACCCUCCGACCCUGCUUAGACCCUCCGAGCCCUGGACUCCACCUUGGCCUGUCAGUCCCUCGACAUCAGCUCGGCUCUACGUUCCCUUGGCUCCACUGCGGUCCUUCAGCCUGUCAGCUUUACCAGGGUCCCUCAUCCCUCCAGCUCCUCCUUGGUCUGUCGGUCACCUGGCUCUGCCUUGGCUCUCCAAUCCCCUGGCUACGCCUUGUCUCUCCGAUCCUUCAGCUCCACCAGGGACCUUCAUCCCUACGGCUCCGCCUUGGUCCUCAGCCCCACCGGCUCCGCCUCAGUCUUCCGAUCCCCCAGCUCCACCUUGCUCCUCCGAGCCUCCGGCGCCACCUUGGUCCUCCCUGCCUCCGUCUCCACCCUGUCUUCAGUUUGUGCUCUGUGUUUGGUCCAUUUUACGCAGACGACGGAAAAAGCCACACUAA